CAACGGCGCAAACGGAUUAACGAUGAAGUUCCUGCUCUUCGGUUUCCUGCUUCCGACGCUUGCCUACGGAAUUGCCGUUCGACCAUGUCCGAACGGUGCACCGACGCCGCAGGAUGUACGUGUUGUUGGGUGUACCGCGGAGCCGUGCAUCGUCCAGAUAGGCGGAAUGGUCGAUAUGGAUCUGGAUUUCGUUGCAGCCCGUGCUACGAAUGAAGUGCGCGCUAGUCUCGACAUCUUUCUCGGUGAUUUCCGUGUACCGUAUGAGCUGCCACCGGAUCAGCGGAAUGCAUGCAACUUCUUCGAGACCGGCAGCUGCCCAGUGACUCAGGGUGAGUUCAUCAACUAUCAUCUGAGCACCCCGGCAGCGGCACCGUUUGUUGGUAUUACUGUGGACCUACAGCUGCAGCUUUCGGACGCUAGUGGUGCACCACUGAUCUGCUACCGAUCGUCGGCUACUAUCGUGGGGGUGUGAGGGAUGAAACGGAACUGAAAAUGAAAUCGUUGCAAUAAAUUGUACUACGAAGCUUUGGGUCUUAAAAUGCUCUGCGACUGAA